UUGACUAGAGGGAAGGAGGGCCCUGGCUAGCCAUAUAUAGCUUUGCCUCUUGGGCAAUGCACUCACUUUCUUUCAGUUCUCCUCCUGUAGCAUAUGAGGUGUCUGUCUGUCCUCUGAAGAGGAAUUACCUAAAAGUCUAGAAGAGAGAAUAAAGCUUUCCUAAGAAGUCAUGGAGGUGCUGGUGCUGAUGGACUUUGAGGGCAUGAUGGGAGAUGAGAUGACGGUGCAGGUGGGAGACGUGGUGACGCGCGUCACCAAGCCCAGCGAGGAGGGCUGGCUGGAGGGGGAACUGAGGGGCAAGAGGGGCAUCUUCCCCGCUAACUUCGUCAAGGAGGUGCCAGUGUAUUUGAUAGGUGACAGCCAGAGGGAACCAAGAAGCCUACGGAAAUCAAGGAUGAUUAAACAAACAAGGAAGUGUGAGGUGGCCUUUGCCUACAGUCCCUUGAAUGAGGAUGAGCUGGAGCUGGUUGUCGGGGAAACCAUUGAGAUCCUCAGAGAGAUUGAAGAUGGGUGGUGGAUGGGAAUGAAAAGUGGUAAAGUGGGAGCGUUUCCAUCAAACUUCACCAAAGAGAUAUUUGUCUCUCCAAAAGAUGUUAAGCAUAACGAGAGCAAAACCAGACCCAAACUCUCAGAUACAAUGUUCAGUAAAGAGACAAAGCUACCUCAGAGGACGAGUGUGAGGAACAAACCAAAAAAUGUGAAAGAAUGUUGUCAAGUCAUGUUCGACUACGCAGCCUUGACCGAGGACGAGUUGAAUCUAAAGAAGGGAGACAUUGUUACAAUCAUCACCAAGGAAACAGAGGACGAGGGCUGGUGGGAAGGAGAGAUGAACGGACGCAGAGGUUUUUUCCCCGACAAUUUCGUCAUGGUGAUACCGACGAUAGACGGUCUCCAAUCUGGAAACACCAGCCAACCACCUGCGCGCCUUGGCACGGAAAGACGCUCAGUCAAGGCAGAGGGUUCAGCGAUGGAGAAGAGCAGCCCUGCAAAAGGAAAAGCAAUGCUUAAAUGUGCACAUGUGCAUACAGAUGAGAAACCAGAGACUAAAGACCUGAGAAGCAACCCUCCAACCAAAGUCAAGCUCCCUGCUCCAAGUAGACCUGCACUACCACCUCCAGUGAAGCACAAGCCUCAGAAGUUCGGUUGUAGCAACGCCAAUGGCGAUCUCCCUCCCCUUUCACCAAAAUGUACAGAGGAGAGCAACUCGGACCAGUUUGACGGAGUGGAGGUGUCCCCUGAGAAACUGAGUCACCCCACAGCCAACAGAGCCAAACCCCCACUGAGACGACCCCCAUCUGCCCUCGUCACUGGUCCACAGGCUCUGAGUGGCAGGGACCAGACAGAUGCAGAAAAAUCGUCUAAACUGCUGAAGGUUGCAGAAAGUCAUUCACCACCAUCCAAGCCUGAACAUCCUCCCAAGAAUCCGGUAGUCUCCGGUAAUCCGGUAAUCUCCAGACUAGCGCUACCCAAGGCUAUAGUGGAGGCUAGGGCUGCCCAGGAGGAGAAACCUUGCCUGGACAGCCUACAAGCUGAGGUCAGGGCACUGAAGAUUGCUCUGGAGCUGCUGCAAAACAGACACGAACAAGACAUACAGGAACUGAAAGAGGGACUGAGAGACGAGAGAAACAAACGUGUGGCUCUGCAGGAGCAGGUACAUGGUUUUAGGGCUAAACAUUCAUCCUAACUGACACCAUGACCGGGCAGUACAUCUAAGUAAGGCUCUGCUAUGUCAUUCCCUUGAACACAAACUUGAAAGGGAAUUAAAAUGUUCCUGACGUUGGAGUGCAAGAGGGGAUGGAAAGGAUGCAGAUCUGCUUCCUCUGCAGACAUACCAGCUGAGGCCACAUUAAGGCCUGGAAUCAAUCCGUAUCCCUGAAGUAUCGUGGAAGAUCCCCUUUAUAGCUUGAUAAAAACAUUUGAAGGCAAUGUUCCCGCAUUUGCAUUUAUGCUAAACACUGCAUUGGAAAUUACCUUUAAAGGGAUAGUUUGGGAUUUUGGAAAGUCUACUUCCCCGGAUUCAGAUGAACCCAUGGAUACCAUUUUCAUGUCCCUGCGUGCAGUCAGAAGGAAUUUUCUAACUAGCGUAAGUGCAAUUUCUAACUAGCGUUGGUGAAAUGACCUGAAGUAUCUACUAGCAUGCUAGUAGACACCAUAGACUUCCAGCCAUUGCUAGUUAGCAUAGUUUGCAUUGGCUCGCAAAACUACCUCUAUCCUUGAGUUUAUCUGACUCUGGGGAAAUACACAAAGGUCUUCAUUGUCAAAAUCACGAAGUUUAACUUCACAUUUUAACACGGACCUUCCGCCAUACUUUUGCGAUAACGAUUGAAUCCAGCCCUAGAUUGUGGUCAGCCAUUUUGUUUGAGGGCAUUAAGGACUUGAUUGGCAAGGGACCAAGUGAAUCGACCAAAAUGCUUUGUAUACAUCGACCAAAAUACUUUGUAGCCGGGAUUCAACUCAAGGUGGGUUAUAGCGUAGUGCACAAUACAACUGACAAUGUGUCUUUUAAGGGACUUUUCCCCAACGUUUACAUGGCAAAUGCUGCAGACGUUGGACCAAGCCUAAAUCACUUUUAAAAGUAUGUUAUAGUGCGGCGUGCUUUAACACGCCUUGCAUUGAAUCCUGUCCUUUGGGUAGAAAAUGUGUUUUAUUUUAUAUUGAUGAUAUUGUACAUUUCAUUGAAAGAACAACAUCACCCAACAAUACAGAGGGCUGGUUUUAUAGAUCGAAUGUGAGCUAUGUUUCUCAGUGCUUAUUUUUUUUAUCUAAAAGCAUAUUUCUUAUUUUUUGGGGUAUGUUUGGGAAUAUUUUGAAGCAUAGUGUUUGGGGAACAUGAGUCAACUGAACAAACUACUUGUAUCUUUUGUGCGAACUGCCAUUGUAUAGAAGAGUAACUAUUUUGUGCCUUUUUUUAAAUAUUAAAUAUUACUUGUCCAAAAUAAUCCAGUGAUUUAGCAAGCAAUAUUGUGCAACUAUUCUGCAAUGCUGCAUGUGUCCAUUGGGAGGCACUUUUGUAUUACUGUUGUUAAUACAGUGCUGCAUUGUAGUUGACUUUCAGUCCACAAAAACAAAACUAUAUUAGUUAAUUCUGUAUAAAUGUACCCUUUUCUCAUUUUUGGAUAUGUCUUUGAGAAUAGGUGCUGAAGUGAAUCUAAUUAAAACCUUGAAAAUACAAACACA